AUGAAUGUAUUUUUAUACACUCACUUUAUUAAUAAUUGUAUUUGGAAUGAUGAUUUGGAAAGAGCAUUAGCAAUUGUGUUGAAUAUGAAAGGCAAAGAUAUUGAACCAAACUAUGCAAUUUAUAUCCCACUUUUAAAAGCAGCCACUGUUAAGAAAAACAUUCAAGUUGGAAUGACACUUUACCAACUUGUAAAAAAGAGUAAUUUAGCAAGUCCUCAAUUAUCAACGACAAUUAUAUCAUUUGCAUUGAAAUUAAGAAAACCAGAGUUGGUAAUAGAAGAAAUUGAAUUAGUGAAACAACAAAAAUGGAUGACAAUCAUAACAUGGAAUAGUUUAAUUCAAGCAUAUAUUCAAGAGAACAAUAUUAAGAAAGCGAUUGAUGUUAUUCAUGAAAUGAAAGAUAAUGGUAUUUGUCCAGAUUCGGCAACUUUUAACAUUCUCAUAACAGCUUGUGCUAAUACCAAGUUAUUUGCAGAAGGAAAGUUGAUUCACAAAAUUACAACUAACACUUUGAAAGAUAAUUGCUCUGUUGAACUAUUGACAUCCAUUAUUAAUUUUUAUACAAAAUGUGGACAUCCAGAGAUUGCAAUCAACGAAUGUGAAAAGAUGAAAUCAAAGGGAUUAAUGAAUGUUGUUUCUUUUACAUGUCUAGUUGAAGCAUACAUUCAAAUAAAUGAAAUACAAAAAGCCAUCGACACAGUUACUGAAAUGAAACAAUUCAAGGUUACUCCAAACGCUACCACAUUCUCCAUUUUGCUUACCGCAUGCGCUAAGUUGAAAUUAUAUAAGGAGGGAAUAUUGAUUCACAAAAUUGCAAAUAAUACUUUGAGAGAUAAUAGCUCUCUUAAACUUUUGACAUCAAUUAUUAAUUUUUACACAAAAUAUAUCAAAAAGUAUUAUGGAUGGAAUUGUUUAAUUCAAGCAUAUAUUCAAAAUAAGGAAGUUCGACAGGCAAUUGAAAUAAUCACAGAAAUGCAAGAUUAUGGUGUUGAACCAAACUCUACCACUUUUAACAUUUUACUCACAGCGUGUGCUGAUUCAAAAUUGUUUGAAGAAGGAAAGGCAAUUCACAAACUUGCAACUGGCACCUUGAAAGAUUACUCUUCUGAACUUUUAGCAUCUAUUGUCAACUUUUACACAAAAUGUGGACAUCCAGAAACAGCCAUUAAGGAAUGUGAACAAUUGAAAUCGAAAGGAUUAAUGAACAAUAUUGUUUGGAAUUGUUUAAUUCAAGCAUAUAUUCAAAAUAAGGAAGUUCGACAGGCAAUUGAAGUAAUCACAGAAAUGCAAGAUUAUGGUAUUGAACCAAACUCUACCACUUUUAACAUUUUACUUAAAGCAUGUGCUGAUUCAAAAUUAUUUGAAGAAGGUAAAUUACUGCAUCAAGCAUCUGGUCAAGUGCUCAAUAAUCCUACAAUAGAGUUGAACAAUACUAUUGAUCAAUUUGAAAAGAUGAAAACCAAAGGAUUUGAGGCAAAUGUUAUUACUUGGACGUGUUUAAUUCAAGCACACGUUCAAAAUAAGGAAGUUCGACAGGCAAUUGAAGUAAUCACAGAAAUGCAAGAUUACGGUAUUGAACCAAACUCUACCACUUUUAACAUUUUACUCACAGCGUGUGCUGAUUCAAAAUUAUUUGAAGAAGGUAAAUUGAUUCACGAACAAGCAAUAGAAAAUGUUAAAGAUUGCUCUACUGAACUUUUGACAUCAAUUAUUAAUUUUUACACAAAAUGUGGACAUCCAGAAACUGCCAUAAAGGAAUGUGAAAAAUUGAAAUUGAAGGGAUUAAUGAACAAUGUUGCUGUUUGGAAUUGUUUAAUUCAAGCACAUAUUCAAAACAAUGAGGUCCAAAAGGCAAUUGAAAUAAUCACAGAAAUGCAACAAUUUGGAUUGAACCCUGAUUCUACAACCUAUACUAUUAUACUUAAGGCAUGUACUGAUUCAAACUUGUUUGAAGAAGGGAAGUUUAUUCAUGAACAAGCAAUAGAAAAUGUUAAAGAUUGCUCUACUGAACUUUUGACAUCAAUUAUUAGUUUUUAUACAAAAUGUGGACAUCCAGAGGUGUCAAUUGGAGAAUGUGAAAAAUUACAAUCGAAGGGAUUAAUGAACAACAUUGCUGUUUGGAAUUGUUUAAUUCAAGCACAUAUUCAAAAUAACGAAGUUCAAAAAUCAAUUAAAAUAAUCACAGAAAUGCAAGAUUAUGGUAUUGAACCAAACUCUACCACUUUUAACAUUUUACUCACAGCGUGUGCUGAUUCAAAAUUAUUUGAAGAAGGAAAGGCAAUCCACAAACUUGCAACUGGCACCUUGAAAGAUUACUCUGCUGAACUUUUAGCAUCUAUUGUCAACUUUUACACAAAAUGUGGACAUCCAGAGGUUUCAAUUGAGGAAUGUGAACAAUUGAAAUCAAAGGGAUUAAUGAACAAUGUUGCUAUUUGGAAUUGUUUAAUUCAAGCACAUAUUCAAAAUACAACAAAUACCCAAAACCCAUCUACAAUAGAAUAUGGACUGAACAAAGCAAUGGUGGUUUUUAAUGAGAUGAAGGAACAUAUUGAACCCGAUAAGAUAACCUACCUCAUAUUGUUGGCUGGAUGUGGAGAAUAUGUUGCGAGAAAGAUGGGACUGGAUAUUAUUGAUGAACUCAAACUAAAAGGAAUGGAUGUUCAUGAGGAGAUAGUCAGUGUUAUGAUCUACUUUUAUUCAAGAAUUGCUUAUCAAUCAACUGCACAACAACUAUUUGAAAAGCUUGUCGAAGAAUCAGCCCAAAAACGUCUAUCCAUCAUAACAUAUAAUAACAUGUUGUCAUGUUACGCUCAACAUGGAAAAGGAACACAAGCCAUGAAUUUAUUUAAUGAAAUGGUUGAUAAGAACGUUGAAAUGAACGAGCAAACAUUCACAAUCAUGCUGAACACAUUUUCACAUUGUGGAAUGAUUGAUGAGGCGAAUCAACUUUAUGGAGAAAUGAAGACAAAAUACAACCAUAAUCCAUCAGUAAUUGUAGACUGUGUAAUGGUUGAUGUCUUUGCCCGUUCAGGAAGAUUUCAUGAGGCAGAAAAAAUAAUUAACGAAAGAAUGAAUUAUUCUUUGUGGAGUGCUCUACUGGCAGGAUGUAGAAAGUUCAAUAAUGUUGAGCUUGGUGAAAAGGUUUUUAAAAUAUUGCUUAGUAUUGAUGAAAAAAAAGCUCCACCAUAUAUAUUAUUAUCGAACAUUUAUACUUAUUAUGGGUUGAAUGAAAAAGCUGACAAUAUAAGACAAUUAAUGAUUGAAAAUGGAAUUAAAAAGAUACCAGGAAUUGUGUAUCAGGAAGAAGAUGGUAAAUCAUACCAAUUUGUUUCUGGAUCAAAAAAAUAUGAAAGAUUUAAGGAAAUUGAGAAAAUGAGAGAGGAGAUUUACAGAAAAAUAAUCCAAGCUGGUUUUGAGCCAGAUACUAGAUGGGUAACUAACUCAAAAUUAUUAACUGAAGAAGAAAAAUUAGAUUCACUUUGUAGACAUGCUGAGAAGACAGCAACAGCUCAUGCAUUUGUUUUGAAUCCAAAGAGAAAAUCAAUUAUUUUAGCGGCAAAUCUUCGUGUUUGCAAUGAUUGUCAUACUGCCACAGAAUUCAUUUCAAAAGUGAUGGAUGUUGAAAUAAUUAUUAGAGAUGCAAAUAGAUAUCACCAUUUUAAAGAUGGUAAAUGUAGUUGUGACGGAUAUUGGUAA